GAGCUCCGUCAUUGGCAAAGUCGACGAAAGGACUUGCUUUCCGACCCUUUUUUUGUCACAUCUGCUGAUCAAAACUAUGAUCAACUCUGUGCUCGUUCGAAUAAAAUAUUGAUUGGGCACCAGAAUUGACUAUAAGAAACUAAAAGCUCUGCAGUAGCCGUAGUGGAAAACUUUUUUCAAAGUGCAACUUCAUUGUUUUUUCGUAUUACGCGAGUUUCAUGUGCUGUAACAAUCGUGGUGGGGGAAAAUUCAAGUGAGACGAGAAAGAGAGAUUGAGAUGGCUGCAAUAAUAACUGCUUUAGCUAGAGGCUACGUUUAUUUCAAUGAUGAAGUAUCAGAUCCAAGAACGCGAGACUGGUUUUUGAUGAAAGCACCAUGGUCCAUAUUGGCCUUUACUGCAUCAUAUAUCUACUUCGUGCAGACACUAGGUCCACGAUGGAUGGCCAAUAAGAAGCCCUACAAUCUAGACAGGAUAAUGCAAAUUUAUAAUGUUGUUCAAAUCGGUCUUAGUGCAUAUUUAUUUUGGCAGUCACUAGCUCUUGGCUGGUUUAGGCAUUAUAAUUUUACGUGUGAACCGGUCGAUUAUUCAAUCGAGCCACGCCAAGUUGCGAUCGCCUGGACAGUGUGGCUUUUCCUCCUCGUCAAAAUCAUCGAUUGUCUUGAUACUAUAUUUUUUGUACUACGAAAGAAACAAAAUCAGGUGACGUUUCUUCACGUGUACCAUCACAGUGGCAUGAUCUUGGGAACUUGGAUCGCUGUCAAAUAUCUUGCCGGUGGACACAUCACAUUUAUGGGUUUUAUAAACUCCUUCGUACAUUUGGUAAUGUACAGCUACUAUCUAUUGACAUCACUGAAGCUUGGAAAACUGUGGUGGAAAAAAUACCUUACGCAGUUACAAUUGGCACAAUUUAUUGCCAUACUGUAUCAUUUUUCCCAAUUGCUAUGGGUCCCUGACUGCGGAUUUCCAUUAUGGCCAAUAGCUAUCUUAAUACCACAAAAUAUUUUUAUGAUCGUUCUUUUCGCGGAUUUCUAUUACAAGACGUACAUUAAAAAAAGACCGGAAAAAAUCUCCACCGAAAAUUCCAAAGGAGACGUUACGAAAGAAACCAAAGUCCAAUAGUUCUUUCAAUCAAUUUUAAAGUCAAUUUCUUUGAUACACGUAGAUGUGAAUAUUUUUUAUGAAGUAUUUAAGAUUAUCACUUAUUGAGAACUUUAGAAUGAACAAAUUUAACGAGAAUAUGUUUGUACAGAAAUAAAAAAGUUGAUUUUUUUUCAUUGAAUACCAAUAAUUACUGUUUGCAGACAAAUAUAAAGUACAUUUACAAAUAAUAAUUUGUACGCAGACUAUAGUUUCACCAAUUUUAUCAAACAAUGAAUUGGGACGUAACCAGUCUUGAUGGGACUCUCUGUCA